AUGGAUCCUAUUAGGGCUGCUGCUCCUUUGCUAUGGUUUUCCCUGUGCUUUGGGAAUAUUAUGGAGGCAGCGGUACUUGGAUCAUUGCAGUACCCCUCUAGCGCAGAUGAUAACGGGCUUGUUUCACAUCUGGAUGAGCAGAGUCGGAGAAAGCCGACCGCGGUGUCCAGGAAAGACCCUCCGAUAAAUGAUACUAUCGUCCCCCAUGACUAUAUGGUAUCACUAUACAGGACACUCUCUGAAAUAGAGAGAAGAGGUCUUAACAGCAGUGUUCCUCGCUCCGCAAGACACGCCAACACGGUGACCAGUUUCGUGGAUCAAGGAAAAGAUCCCUCCUCCUGGGGAAGUGGCCAGCGCUAUCUCUUCGACCUCUCCAGCCUGUCCAGGACAGAUGAGAUCGUGGAGGCAGAACUGAGGAUCCUGAGAAAGCCACCGCUGGAUCGCCUCCCUAUGCUGACAUGGGGCAGGAACCUUUAUCGCCUCCUCCUCUACACAUGUUCCUCUAAGGGGAACUCUGGGAGACGGCUGCUGGACUCCAGGACAGUCGACGUUCUGGACCGCGAGCCUCCGAAAUGGGAUGUCUUUGACGUGUGGGCCAGCGUGAAAGCUCGGUGGAGGAGCCACAGGACAGCAGCGGGCAAUGACCUCCUCGUGGCCUGCUUUGACCUGCUGGUUGUUUCGGAGUUGACCAAAGAGGCAGCCAACCCUCUUACAGUAGGGCUGGGACGCCGGUCUCGGCAGCCCCAGGAGAGGGCCUUGCUGGUGGCUUUUUCUCGCACCCGCAGGAAAGAGAACCUGUUCAAGGAGAUCAGGGAGCAGAUGAAGGCAGUGCGAAGAGACUUGGGUUUUCUGGACCCUUCGGACCUCUCUGGUGACGUGAUUGGUCACCUACCCAGGCGACGCCAACGCCGGACUGCCCUCACCGGCCGAUCUAUAGGCGGAGCUGGUGGGGGAGGAGGGGGAGGUGGUGUUGGAGGGGGAGGAGGAAGGGGCGGUGGAGGCGGGGGGCGCAGGAAGACUCGCUGCAGCCGUAGGCCGCUCCAUGUCAACUUCAAGGAGUUGGGCUGGGACGACUGGAUCAUCGCACCGCUGGAUUAUGAGGCGCACCACUGUGAGGGCGUGUGCGACUUUCCUCUGCGCUCACACCUGGAGCCUACGAAUCAUGCCAUCAUUCAGACACUUAUGAAUUCUAUGGACCCUGAAUCCAGCCCGCCCAGCUGCUGUGUCCCCUCCAAACUCAGCCCCAUCAGCAUCCUCUACAUUGACUCUGGCAACAAUGUGGUCUACAAGCAGUAUGAGGACAUGGUGGUGGAGAGCUGUGGCUGCAGGUAG